AUGCCUCUAAGUCGUACGGCCUCGGCCGCUCUGCCUUUCCUGAUAGGGAUUCUGGCAGGCGCUACGUUAUUGACAAUUCAGCAGAUUAUGACCGGAGGGAACAUUUCGUUCCCCAUCGCUUCUUCGUCCCUCUUUGCUUUCAUGAAUCCAGACAACCAAUCCGUCUCGCAACACGUGGGAAACCCUGAUUGGCUGGCCUCUUCUGCUUCGACCUUCGCUGCUAAUGAAGAGAUUCGUUAUAACACGGACGCGGGACCUGUAGAAAGCAAGCUGAACGUGCAUCUGGUAGCACAUUCACACGAUGACCUGGGAUGGACGAGCACCAUUGACAAGUACUACGUUACAUCAGUACAGUACAUUAUCGAGACUGUCAUUGACCAGCUUGAGGCAAACCCUGACCGCAAGUUCAUUCAGGUGGAGCAGGCAUUCUUCUAUCGAUGGUGGCAGCAGCAGCGAGAGGUCAUGCGCAAGAGAGUGCGUGCUCUGGUUGCAUCAGGUCAACUCGAAUUCGUCAACGGAGGGUGGGUGAUGCACGACGAGGCCAGCACACACUACACCGACAUGGUCCACCAGAUGUCGCUGGGGCUGCGCUUCCUGCGCUCCGAGUUCAACGUCACGCCGCGCAUUGCAUGGCAGAUUGACCCGUUCGGCCACUCGGCAACUCAAGCCAGUCUCAUCACUGCUCAGGUGUUUGGUGGGCACCUCUAUUGGAUGUACGAUCCUCCUCCCGGGCUUGAUUGUGAGGACCUUAAUUUUCCACCGUUUGUCCAGGCAAAGGUGACGCGGUCGAACCAUGUGAUGUUCACCAUGGGGAAGGACUUUGCCUACUCCAACGCCAUCAUGUGGUUUAAGAACAUGGACAAGCUCAUUCACUAUGUCAACCUGGACGGUCGGGUCAACGCCCUCUACUCCACGCCCUCAAUUUAUCUGGACGCCAAGCAGCAAGCUGAGGAGACCUGGCCGGUCAAGACUGGCGACUUCUUCCCAUAUGCUGAUGCACCGCACGCCUAUUGGACCGGCUUCUACUCCUCUCGCCCAGCCUUCAAGCGCUACGUGCGCUCCUGCAGCGCGCUGCUGCUAGCAGCAAGUAUUCUGGAAGCAGCAGUGGGGCGAGAGGCCCUGCAAGCAUGGGGAGGCGACACCGACGGGAUGAAUCUUGUGGGAUCUGGCGCUGGCAGAAUGAUGGUCGCGAGUUUCCAUCCCUCGGAGGCGCCUAGUGUGGCAACUGGGGAGGGUGGGAGUGGCGGCGGAGACAGCAAUGCUGGUGCAGGAUACGGGUCUGCUGCUGCUACUGGUGCCGGUGGUGGUGGUGGUGGGGAUAGUAAUGGUGGUGUUCCUGGUGCUGGGAGCCGGGAGGCUCGGGCCGCGUCGACAGCAUCGCUGGGGGAGGCAGUGGCAGUGGUGCAGCACCACGAUGCCAUCACAGGCACGGCCCAGCAGCACGUGAAUGAUGACUACACACUCCGCCUGCACCGAGCAGCACAGGAGCCUGAAGCUCUGACUCUGUUUUCCCCUCACCUGCCCUCCUCUCCCCACGCCAGGCCUCCACUGUUCUCACCAGCGCCCUGGCAUACCUCAUUCUGCACCCGCCGCCUCCUCUUUCUCCCUCGCCUCCCACCGGCACCAACUCCUCUGCACCAGGGCUCAUUGCAGGAAGAAGGUAUUAACAGGGGGAGGCGGUUGCAGGAGAAGCCGAAGCUGCUGCUCGAGACGUGCCCUCUGCUGAACAUCUCCUUCUGCCCACCCUCGCAGUCUGGUCUUGAACCCGGCAAGACCCUGGUGGUGGUCGCCUUCAAUCCCCUUGCCUGGGGUCGCACUGAAAUCAUCCGCAUUCCAUACCCUCUCCUUCCUCACGCCCUCCUGCCAUCCGCUCUCUGCUCUCCACUCCACUCCCUCUAUCAUCCCCACCAACUUUACCCACCAGUCUGUGCUAUUACACCUCAUCCCUCAGUUUUCCUUCUUGCAACCAUCCGCUACUGCCCACCCAAGCAUGUCCCUCCCCUGCCCUCCAUUCGUCUUUUCCCCUCUCCUGCCGCUCUCCCUUUCUCCCCUCUCCUGCCGCUCCCCCUUUCUCCCCUCUCCUGCCGCUCUCCCUUCCUCCCCUCUCCCGCCGCUCUCCCUUUCUUCCUUCCUCUCUUCCCUCUCCCUCCCCUCGCCGUACCCAUCACCCCCUGCCAUCAGGUCUCCGCUCCCUCGGUCAUUGUCACAGACUCGACCCACAAGCCCAUCCCAUCACAGCUCAUCCCAGACCUCCUCCCUCGUCCAGUAAUCCGCACGUUCUACGCAGCAGCACAUGCAGGCGCCAGCGUGCCUCCAGUGGAGCAGCAGCAGGGGGUGACGUCAGUGGUGUUCCGUGCUGAGGUGCCUCCUUUGGGCUACUCCACAUUCUUCCUCACUGCAGCCCAGCCAGGAGCUGUGGGGGCAGCAGUGAGCAGCAGUGACUGGAUCUUGGGACCAAAGAAGCAGAGGGGACGGAACACGAGGAGCAAGAAGGGGAAGAAGAAAAAGAAGAAGGCAAAGAAGGAUGACUAUGAGGAGGGGGGGGAAGGAGGAGAGGGAGGGGAGGGAGGGGAGGAAGGGGAGGCAGAAGAGGAAGGGUAUGAGGAGGGGCAGGAGGAAGGGGUUGAGGCAAAAGGGGAGGAGGGCUAUGCUGGAGGGGAGGAAGGAGGGGAAGGCGGGGAAGGAGAGGAGGAGGAGGAGGUGGGCUAUGGUGUAGGUCAGGGGGAUGAGAUAGUUCUAGGGGGGGUGGUGGCUGGUCGGCCAGCAGCGCGUGUCUAUUUCUCCAAGGCUGCUCGUGGAAUGACACGUGCUGAGCUCAUCAAGCCGAAUGGCAAGGCCUUUGCCACGCUAGCAGCAGCCAACAUCAGCAGCGAAACGCUCUUUUACUCAUCUGCAGAGUCAGGAGCAUACAUCUUCAAGCCCACAGCAGACGGUGCGCUGCCGUUCCGGCCUUCGCAGUAUGAUUGGGCGUACAUCUUCAAGCCCACAGCGGACGGUGCGCUGCCGUUCCGCAGGAAGCAGAGGGUGCCGAUCCGCGUGCUGCGAGGGCCCAUCGUGGAGGAGUUUCACCGCCAGGUGGCGCGUGACGUGUCCGAGGUGGCUCGUGACGUGUUGGAGGAGAGGCGAUGGAGUGAGUGGAAGAAGAUGGCUACUGAGCAGCAGCGAAUAGAGAUGAUUGGGGUGCCAGUGGUUGCUGCGAGGGCCCAUUGUGCUCUGCCUCUAAGGUGCUCUGCCUCUAAGGUGCUCUGCCUCAAGGUGUAUCGAGUUUACCCGGGGGAGAAUUACGCCGAGCUUGGCUACUCCAUAGGGCCUCUUGUUGAGGAUGGGUCCCUGGGGAAAGAGGUUGUUGCCUCCUUCUCCUCUUCCAUUCAGAGUGGCGAUAUCUUUCACACGGACUCCAACGGCCGUGACUACCUCAAACGAGUUCGUGACUCUCGCCCUGACUGGACCUUCACAGUCAAGGAGCCCAUAGCAGGGAACUUCUACCCCGUGACGGUGGGGGCGUUCAUCGGGGAUGGGGAGGCACAGCUGUCGCUGCUGGUGGACCGAGCAGCCGGUGCUGCCAGCCUGGCAGCCGGACAGCUCGAAGUCAUGCUGCACCGGUGGUGGGAUCACUCCGCUUCGCAGUGCUGCCAGACACACGGGCACGGCCAGGCACACCCCCACAGCAGGCAUCAGGCGGGGCAGCAGCAGGGGCCUUCUGGCGGAGAGAUCACUCCCAGAGGAUGCUGUCCCCGCUGCAGCUCGCUUUUGCUGUCGAGCGUAUGCAGUGGGAGGGAGGUGAGGGCGGAAGGUUCACACUCACUGCUGUGUCCACCUCUGCCUGUUGCUCUCCUCCACACUCCCUCCUCAUGCGCUUCUUCUCUCUUCUCAAUUUCCUUCGUCUCUUCAGUCGACUGA